AUGGCGAUCAUAGUUGGAGUUGCUGGCAUCACAGGAAAAUUUGCCAAUUUGGUUGUUGAAAAUCUCCUCCAACAGCCAAAUGUGACCGUUCGAGGUUUCUGUAGGAAUGCCUCGAAGCUUCCUCCAUCGUUUCAAACAUCACAACGCAUUGAUGUCAUUCAAGGCGACUCAAAGGAUUUAAAGGCAUUGCGAUCCUUCGUGAAAGGGACAGAUGUCAUUAUAUGUUGCUACCUUGGAGACGACGAACUCAUGACGAAUGGACAGAAACUUUUGGUAGAUGCUUGUGACCUGGAAGGUGUCCGUCGAUACAUUGCGAGUGACUACUGUCUUGAUUUCACCAAAUUGGAAUACGGUCAGCUCCCUGCUAAGGACCCCAUGAAGAUUGUCAAGGAAUACAUAGAAACAAAGCAAACACUUGAGGGAGUCCAUGUUCUUAUUGGAAUUUUCAUGGAGACUUUCUGGAGCAAAUACUUCGAUGUAUGGAAUCCAGAUGAGUACAAGUUCUCAUUCUAUGGUUCUGGAGACGAGCUUUGGGAGUCAACUACCUAUGGGACUGCUGCUGAGUACGUCGCCGCUGUCGCUCUGGACGGAAAUGCAGUGGGAGAGCAACACUUUCUCGGUGAUAGAAAGUCCAUACGCCAGAUUGCUGCCAUCUGUGAAGAAGUCUAUGGCCGCAAAAUCCACCUGGAGCGAUUGGGGACACUAGAUGAUCUAUAUGAUUCAAUGCAACAGUCCUACAGAGAGAACCGUUCGAAUAUCUAUGCCUACCUGGCCAAGUUUUACCAGUAUUAUUGUCAGAGCGGGCAGACAUACCUCAAGAAAGAUUUAGAUAAUGCAAAAUACCCUUCUGUCAAGCCUGUCACCUUCGAGGACUUUUUACACAGCCACAAACUCGAGGACCUAGCGGAUACGUAUCAAAACGCGGGAAAACGUGAUUAG